AUGAAAAUCGUCACCGCUUUAUUCUUAACAUUAGUAACAACUAAUUUAAAUGAAGUGGACUCUUUGAACAUACUUGGAAUCUUUCAAUACCAUGGAAAGAGUCAUUUCUUUGUGUUCGAACCGUACCUGCGAGAAUUAGCGAAAAGAGGGCACAAUGUCACAGUCAUAUCGCAUUUCCCUCAAAAACAACCCGUACAAAACUACACCGACAUCAGUUUGGCUGGUAAAAGGGAAAUAUUUGAAAGUGUUGUAAAUAUGGAGCAGACUGUAUGGUCAAUGAUUAAACUGACGGAUUUUGUUUUCAAGAGUGUUGUGGAAAACUGCAGGAUACUAUUGGAAGACCAGGCUGUGCAGCAAUUAGUGAAAUCCCGGUCGAAAUAUGACCUAGUGCUAGUAGAGGCGUUCCUCAGUGACUGUGCCCUAGGACUAGCUUACAAAUUGGAAGCCCCGGUGGUAGCCCUUACGACGCAUUGUUUAAUGCCAAUGCAUUACGAUCGAUUUGGCGUUCCGCAUCAAGUUCUACAGCUUUGGCCAAAUCCAGAUUUCUUAACACGUUUCUUAUUAACAGUGGUUUCAGCACCACUUAAUUGGUAUUAUCGAUACUAUCAAAAUGCGGAACAAGCGAUUCUUGCAGAGUAUUUUGACGACAUCCCACCGCUCGAAGAGUUAGGGCAGGACAUCAGGUUGCUUCUUGGAUACGUUCACAAUUCCAUGUUCGGUCCUCAAGCCUGGCCAGAAAAUAUAAAAGAAGUCGGGGGAUACCAUGUCACCAAACCGAAACCUUUGCCUGAGAAAUUAAAAGAGUUUAUAGAACAAUCGGAACACGGUGUUAUAUACGUAAGUUUUGGUUCAAUGAUACAAUCGACAAGUCUGCCGAAGCAUAAACUGGAGGCCAUAGUUGGAGCGUUGUCGGAGCUACCGCAACGAGUGGUUUUUAAAUGGGAAGCGGAACAGUUGCCUGGGAAUCCGAAGAACAUUUAUAUUUCGAAGUGGUUACCGCAAAACGAUAUUCUAGCUCACCCUAAUGUGGUGGCAUUCUACUCCCAUGGCGGGCUCCUUGGUUCGACAGAAGCCUUACACCACGGCGUCCCCGUGGUUAUCACCCCAGUAUUCGCCGAACAGCCGGUAAACGCGCUGGUUUUGGAAAAGAAGGGAUUUGGCGUUCAAAUGCCGUUUGAUGAAAUUACCAAAGACGCGCUGCUUGAAAAAUUUAGGAUCGUUUUGGAUCCUGAGUUCAGAAGAAGAGCAAAAGAAAUCUCCAGGGAAUGGCACGACCGACCCAUGUCUCCGAUGGACACGGUCAUCUAUUGGACGGAGUACGCCGUCCGCCAUCCAAACUCCACGCUUAGAAUUGCCGCAGUAGGCAAGCCUUACUACCAACUUUCGGGAUGGGAUGUCCUAUUAGCUAUUUUGAUUAUUUUAUUUAUUAAUCUGUAUGCAUUUGUUUUUGCUAUUAAGUACUUUGUGCUUGGAAAGAGUACAAAAUCAAAGAAGGAUUAA